AUGACCAUGUUUCCCUCUCCAGGAAUCGAUCCUGUCUCUCUAUUUACUCUCGAGGAAUGCACUGAGUCCAACCAAGUUAACUCUGCAUCCGUUCGUAGAUUUUCAACAUUUGGUUUACUCUCAACCAAUCAUCUCCCACACAAGUUGUCCCAAGGGGCCCACAGAUGGGCAGAGUAUACCUGUCCACACUACAGGGAGUUCAGUGUCAGCAUUAGACAUCUCUCAAACAACUUCUCAGCUAGUGAGCUUGUUGGCUUCAACAACACUGGAAAUGUUUGUGUGUGGCCUGCAGAAGAGGUCUUGACUUUCCACUGCUUGAAGAAUGCAGAAUCAUUCAAAAAUCAAAGAAUAUGUGAACUCGGAGGAGGCAUGACAUGUUUAGCAGGUAUUGCAGUUGCUGUGUGCACAGAUGCAGCUGAGGUGCUGCUGACAGACGGAAAUGAAAAUUCAGUCCAAAAUGUGCAAGAAAUUCUUGCUGAAAAUAGGUCCAAGAUUUGUCAAACAAGCAUUGCUGUAAGGGAAUUGAAGUGGAAUAAGAGACAGACAUUUGAGGAUUUGAAUGGACACUUUGAUCAUGUGAUAUCUGCAGACUGUCUGUUCUUUGACCGGUUUAGACAAGACUUAGUGGAUACUAUCGAUGUUCUUCUGAAACCAAAGGGAGUAGCCACCAUCUUUGCACCACACAGAGGCAAGACACUGGAAGACUUCUGUCAGUUAGCUAGGCCAAGAUUUACCGUGGAAGUUGACUGCAAGUACGAUCAGCUUGUGUGGCAAAAACAUCAAGAGAUGCUUACUCAGGGGAAGGAGGUAUAUGAUGAGGACAUCCACUACCCUGUCAUGAUCACUCUCACAAGGUGACCAUCCCUGGGGACCAAUCUUGAAUUAAUUACAGAAAGUGUAAACACGCUUAGAUGCUUUUGAUGGGAGUUUUACUCCCUAAGACGACUCCUGUGGGAAUUUAAGCCUGAAAUCGUGGAGUGCCUUCCAACAGUAAUGAUGUGCGGAAGGUAUUUGAGUGAUGCCUUCUAAGGUCAUGGGCCAGAUUUGUUACGGAGGUGUAACUUAUGAAAAAUGUUGAAUCCCAUCAGGACUAUGUGUCUUACAGGGUAUGUUAUCACAUUUUCUCCAUCCUAGCCAGGGUGGUUGGGGCAGUUCUCUUGUCUCAAGAUAAUGGUAGAUCAUGGUUAGAUUCUAUCUAAUUUGACCAAAUGACUGGGUUAUAAAUUAGUAUGUUAAACUAGAGCAUUAAUUUUUAAACUUUCGUUGGAUUGCGCCACAGUUGUGUGACUGGAGACACCUCUCUUUGGGGAUUUAUAAGCCUCAAGGCUUCAAAUGCAGCAAGUAACAAAAUGGGAAUUUACACAUAGUUAACCCCACCUGGGAUGUAUGUAAAACCAUAUUGAAAUCAGAGGAUUUGGGACUGUUAGGGAUAGCUAUUACGACUUUUUUCCAUGUCAGUAGUGAAAAAAUAUGAUCUAUUUAACCCUAAAUAUUUGGUAAUGGUACAAGAUUCAAUAAAUUAUGAAUUGAAGUGUGAUGGACA